AUAUGUUUCCCAAAAUCAGCCAGACCAUCAUCAAAACUUUGGGGACACUGGACCCUACAAAGGGGUCCUCACAAAGGGGACCCUCUCUUCAUCUUCUUCAUCUUCUUCUGCAUCUUUGUUUUCGGAGUCGAGUUUGGACAGUGAGUGGCAUUUCCUACUAAACAAACCACAGCAUUCUGUUUCCUGUUUGAACCUUCGAGAAGCAAGGAUUUUUCAAAGUGAGGCAUCGGGGAACAUGGACUUGGAUCUGAGCGACUCAGCACUUAAUAUUCGCCACCAUCGGAAGAAGCAAAAGCAUUUUGGUCAUUCUGGACUGCAAGAAGAGGUUUCAGAGCGAGGACUGAAGAAAUCACCACUAUACAGAUGCCAGAGCAAAAGUGUAGAGGGGCUUCUGGAGAAUGUAGACCAAGAACGCAGUUCUAGGGUACAUGGCAGACCCCACCCAUUGAAACUCAACCAUCUUUACAAGACUGCCAGCCUAGGGCAAAACCUUGCUGUCAAGGAUAAAUCAGCUGCAACAGUAAAUAUGGCAAGACCUAAAAGGGCUGUCUCAUCUAUUCAGCUGCCAAGUAAGGGUAUUCUUAAAAACAAAGAUGAAGGGCAGAAUCACUUAAACUUCCGGAAAACCAAGUCUAUGGAAGCACUGUCCACUAAGGGACAAAGCACUGGUCCUCAUAUGCAGAAUUUUGUAGAAACCUUGAGGGAUAACUUUGUAAAAGAGAAGAUUGAGUUCUCUGCUUUUCUGGAUGAGAUUACCAGGCAGGUUAUCAGCCCUUCACGACUCAACUCUUUCAGGACCAAUCCAACUACUACACCAUCUUACAAGUUGCCUCAUGAGGACCGAAGACAGCCUGCUAAAGCAUUCAACCAGGAACAGAAAUCCUCCAAACAGCCUGUGAAAUCUGACAAUGAAAAAGGAAGAACAGAUUCCAGUAAACAUGGUCAAAAACAUCAAACCAGGAGCUCUUCAGCUGUGCCACACCAACAUCAGCACCAGUGCAGUCAAGAGAAGCAGCACCCCACUCCUGCUGCCACAUCACACAAAAAACAUCAUGGAAAAUACAACCAGCUCCUUAGUGAAGGCACUAGCACCAGUUCUGAGUCCAUCCUGCAGGAGAAGCAGUAUCAAAAUAAAGGCAAAUGGGGUUUUAAUGAUGGUUAUAGCAUAUGUAGAGAGCUUAAUACUGAGCAAAAAGUCUCAUCUCUGCCUGCUGGACUGGGUAUGCAGUACACAAGAAAAUCCUCCACAGUGACUGCCCCUAAUCUGGAGAAUAUUAGCAAGCACAAAUACAUGGGUUACAGGAGACACUCCAAACAAUCGCACAGGGAUUCAGUGAGCAGCAUGGACAGAGCCGAAUUGCCGGAGCACUACAACAAGGAUGUACAUGAGAAUUUGCUGCAGAUGGUGUCAUGCAUUCAAAACAUGGAGGCAGAGCUUCAGUGCACCAAGGCAGAAUUAAACAGUGUUAAAGAGAAAUGCAAAAUGCUUCAGGAGAGCUAUACAAGCUGUCAGCAGGCAUACAGUGUCCUGGAGCAAAAACUCCAGUCUGUGGUGGAUAGCAUGAACUCAGAGCAGAAGGAUCAUUUUCACAGGAUUUCAGCGCUGACCAAACAACUGGACACAACAAAAAAUACAGUCACCUCAUUGGAAAACAUUAAUAUUUCUUCCUUGAUUAAAGAGCUUUUGGACAAGGAGUUUGACUCUGAAGAUGCUGUGGAGAACUUCUCAUUCUCCUCCUCAUCACAUAGUCAGCUGGACACAGACAAAUCAGACAGAACCUUAGGACUCAGUGACAACCAAUCAUCUGCAAGGAAAAGAGAGGAUAGGGUAUCUGAUUGGUUACUCCCUGGGCAGAGAGAUUCAGUUGACAGACAGGAGCAUGUGGCAGCAUUUUUGCCAUGGGCAGAAAGUCAAGAUCCCUGGGUUGGAUUAGAAAAGACAGAUGCAAGCGACCUCCUACUUCCUAAGUCAGGGGAUUCCAACCUUCACUCUUUUGCUGUAGAUAUUAACUCUGCCCUCUACAGGAAUAUACCCGGUGCAAAAGCAAACGUCACCAGGGUCCCAAUGCAACACUUAGGGUUAGAGACAGAAAUAAACUCAGUCAGCAUGCUGGCCCGUAGGCCUGAUAAUGUUCUGUGUAAUCAAUACAGCCUGGAUAAGUAGGCCAGGUUUUCAGUUCACUCCUAGUUAUAUACUGUAUAUAUCACUGCUAUAUGCUGAAUAUAACUGUGUAUGUGAGAAAAAAUAAGUAAAAUCUUGAAAAUAUUUAAGAAGAUAGAAGGAGCAGAAGAACAGAGGGGAGUGCAGGAAUUGCACAGCAGGAGCCUGAUGAUGUUACCUAUCUUGUUAUCCAGUAUCUUCUGUGCUUACCUAGCAUGGAAGAUACUGGAUAAUUUCGUAAAGCAUUUAUCUGUCAAAGGAAAGACAGUUAUAGAGAGAUCUUGAGGACAGGGACUGGACCAGAGGGCCUAUAGAGGGGCUUUAGACUGCUUUACAUACUAAUUUACGUUGAGCAAUUUACAGAGACUGUUGUGGUUAGGGAUAUAUUGGAAAACCUAAGAUAGAGAUUUUGUGUGCUUGUUUUUAAAACCCCACUUAAGAUAAUGUUCUUCUUCAGACAGGACCUUGGAACUGUCUAUACAUUA